AUGAAUAAUAAAAGAAAAAUGGAAAAAAAAAAAAACCUGUAAUCCAUAAGUAAUUCUCUUUGAAUUUAAACCUGGCACCACACUGAAGUGUGGAAGGUGAAGUGUGGAAGGUGAAGUGUGGAAGGUGGUGGUCUUCUCAGAAGCCCAGCCAGUGCUCACAUCUAGAACCUCCUGAUACACGUGGAAACAUGAGCAAACACUAUAAAACUACACCGUAAAGAUGAACUUCCCAGGAAAAAUGUAUCGACUCCUUGGUUCCUCGUUUGCUGAAUGUAUCAUUUCAGGUAAUACUGUCGAUUGGGACCCAAAGACACCAAUUUGUGAAGCAAUUCCUUGUGAGCCACCCCCAGCCAUCACCAAUGGAGAUUUCUUUAGCACCAGCAGAGAAAAUUUUCGCUAUGGAAUGGUGGUGACCUAUCGCUGUAAUCCUGGAGACAGGAGGAAGCUGUUUCAACUUGUGGGCGAGCCCUCCAUCUACUGCACCAGCAAUGACGGUCAAGUCGGCAUCUGGAGUGGCCCUCCCCCACAGUGCAUCAUACCUAAUAAAUGCACACCGCCAGUUGUCGAAGAUGCAAUCAUGGUGUCUGCCAAGAGCUUAUUUUCUUUACAUGACAUUGUGGAGUUUCGUUGUCAGCCUGGCUUUGUCAUGAAAGGACCCACCAGGGUGCAGUGCCAGGCCCUGAACAAGUGGGAGCCAGAGUUACCAAGAUGCUCGAGGGUAUGUCAACUGCCCCCAGAAAUCCUGCAUGGUACACAUACAGCACACAACAUGGAUGAGUUUUACCCUGGGCAGGAAGUGUUCUACAGCUGUGAGCCUGGCUAUGACCUCCAUGGAGCUGCUUCUCUGCACUGUACAUCCCAGGGAGACUGGAGCCCUGCAGCCCCCACAUGUGCAGAGAAAUUAUGUGAUGUGUUCCCAGACUACCUCCCUAAUGGCCAUGUGCUAUUUCCACUAAAUCUCCAGCUUGGGGCAAAAGUGACUUUCAUGUGUGAUGAAGGGUUCCAGUUAAAAGGCAGCUCUGCUAGUCAUUGUGUCUUGGAUGGGAUGCAAAGCCAUUGGAACAGCAGUGUUCCUGUGUGUGAACAAAUCUUUUGCCUAGAUCCUCCAACUAUCUUUAAUGGAAGACACACAGGCACUCUUCUGGGAAACAUUUCCUAUGGAAAAGAAGUAUCUUACACAUGUGAUCCCCACCCAGACACAAGGAUGACCUUCAACCUGAUUGGAGAGAGUACCAUCCGUUGCAUAAGUGACAGUCAAGGGAAUGGGAUUUGGAGUGGCCCUGCCCCUCGCUGUGAACUUUCUGUUCCUUCUGCAUGCCCACAUCCACCCAAGAUCCAGAAUGGGCAAUACAUUGGAGGACAUACAUCUUCAUAUUUUCCUGGGAUGAUAGUCAAUUACAUUUGUGACCCUGGCUACCUGUUGGUAGGAAAGGCCUUCAUUUUCUGUACAGACCAGAGAACCUGGAGUGAAUUUAAUCAUUAUUGCAAAGAGGUGAAAUGUAGCCUCCCACCAUUAAUGAAUGGAAUCCAGAAGGAGAUGGAAAUGAGAGAGUACCGCUAUGGAGAUAAUAUAACUCUGAAGUGUGAGAAUGGGUACACUCUGGAAGGCAGUCCUUGGAGCCGUUGCCAGGCAGAUGACAGAUGGGACCCUCCUCUGGCCAUAUGCACACGUGGACCACGUAAUGCUCUCAUAGUUGGCAUUUCUUUUGGCACCACCUUUUUUGUUUCAUCCAUCAUUGUUUCCCUUUGGAUCAUCCUAAAGUACAAAAAAAGGAAUGAUACAGAUGAAAAAUCUAAAGAAGUGAAUAUCCAUUUAUACCCUCAAGAAGGCAGCUGUGCUCAUCCUCAAACUCUGCUACCAAGCUAGGAAAAGAACAGUGUCCUUCCUUGACAAAAUGCUAUACAGCUGGAGGAUGCCUUGAAUUACAUGUUGGUUGGAAAGGAGCCAAUUCAUUUCAACAGAAUAAGAUCUGAGAUUCAAAAAUGUCUUUGAAGUGACUUCACAGAGAUGCAAACAGGUUCACCUGAAGACACUGAAGCUUCCCAUAUCCAGCAAAGCUCCCCCUCUCAGCCUGCAUUACCAUCACUCCUUCACCCCCUUCCCUUGUGCUGAAAGCACACACCAUCUAGUCAGGGGACAGGAUUGCACUUAGGAUGGAGAAAAUUGUUCAGGGACUUAAAGGAAGGCGUCAUCUAGAAAUUCUGGGCUACAAGUCUGUCAUUAUCCUUACUUAUUCUAAAAUGUUCAUAAUAUGGACAUUCUCUUCAUUAAAGAGAAUUUGGAAAAAUGCACUGAGAUAUCAAAAAUAAGUUGUACAGAAUGAUACUAUACAGUGAUAGCCAGUUGAUAUGUUAAUUUGCUUUCUGCUGAUCUUUUUUCAUAUAUGUGUUUAUACACACACAAAAAAAAUAUAUAUAUAUAUAUUUCUUUCUUUCUUAAAUAGUUCCUUUAUUUUACAGUACAGAACCCACUCCUUUAAAAAGAUUGGAGUAAAACAUUUUUAAGACCAGUUUUCACUUUCUCCAGUGAAGAGAAGUAUUACUAUAGAGAUAGUAAAUGAUCAUGGGGGAGAGUGGUCAAGACUACUCAAGAGAAAUAGCUGAAAAAAAUUAAGCUCUGGAUAUUUACUAAGUUCUCUUUCAAAAGUACUUUGUAUAAAAACCAUGAAAAGUUGAAAUAAAUGAAUAAUUGUUAUUAUAAAAGAAACUAGCUUGUUUUUAUAUAGACUCAGAAUAUACUAAAUCAACUAAAAAAGCAUGACUUUUAAGAAGUUAUCAGUCUUCAGAGGAAGUUAUCAGAAGUUAACAGGUACUAAAUUACAGCCAGAUAGGAGAAAUAGAUUCUGGUGUUCUAUUGCACAGUAGCGUAGCUAUAGACAAUAAUAAUGUAUAUUUCAAAAAAAAAAAAGCUAGAAGAAAGGAUUUAGAAUGUUUCUCCAUAAACAAAUAAUAAAAAUUUGAGUAAAUAGAUGUUUGCUCUGAUUUGAGCAUUACACAAUAUAAACAUGUAUCUACACAUCAUUCAGUGAUGCCUCUCAUAAAUAUGUAUAAUUUUAUGUCAAUUAAAAAAAAGAAUUUAUAAAAUUAAUAAUUAUAUAUUGACACCUUUAAAAUAAGUGUCUCAGUAGUCUUUAACCAUUCCACAUCUUUAUAGAUAAAAAACUGAUUAGGAACUGGGUUCUGGUGGUUCACGCCUGUGAUCCUAGCAACUCAGGAGGCAAGAGAUCAGGAUGAUCGUGGUUUGAAGCCAGCCAGCCCUGGCAAAUAGUUCACAAG